AUGGCCAUAGAAAUCGCCUCCACCUCCGUCUUCGACGUCCAGGCCGAGCGUCCGCGUCCCAAGGAUGUCGGUAUCCUCGCUAUGGACAUGUAUGUCCCUAAACGAUGCGUCUCGGAGGAAGAGCUCGAGGUGUUCGACGGUGUCUCUAAGGGAAAGUAUACUAUCGGUCUCGGACAGUCCUAUAUGGCUUUCGUGGACGACAGGGAGGACAUCAACUCUAUUGCUUUGACCGUCGUCUCCUCCCUCAUGAAGCGUUUCGACAUCGACCCACGCUCCAUCGGCCGUCUCGACGUCGGCACAGAGACUAUCAUCGACAAGUCAAAAUCUGUCAAGACCGUCCUCAUGGAUCUUUUCAAGGAGUGCGGGAACCACGAUAUCGAGGGUUUGGACAGUAAGAAUGCCUGCUACGGGAGUACCGCGGCGGUUCAGAAUGCGACAAACUGGAUCGAAUCGCGCUCAUGGGAUGGUCGCAACGCGAUCGUCUUCACCGGUGACAUCGCGGUCUACGCAAAGGGUGGUGCCAGGGCCGUUGGAGGUGCUGGUGCCUGCGCUAUCUUGAUCGGCCCCAACGCUCCCCUUGUUUUUGAACCUAUCCAUGGAACCUACAUGGCUAAUACCUACGAAUUCUAUAAGCCUAAUCUGCACUCCGAAUACCCUACUGUCGAUGGACCCCUCUCCGUCUCGACUUACAUCGCAGCAAUGGACGCCGCCUACUCCGCCUUUCGCUCCAAAGUCGCCACCGCCACAAAGUCCUUCAACCCGUCUGCCAUCCCCGAAACAGAGGCCGGAAACAAAGUCGACGAGAAAUCCGUCUUCUCGCUCGCUGAUGUCGAUUACCCCGUCUACCACUCGCCCUACGGCAAGCAGGUGCAAAAGGGCCACGCGAGGUUGUUGUUCAUGGACUACUUGAGUGCACCACACAAGCCCAAAUUCGCGAACAUCGACCCUUCGUUCCUUGACUUGCCGUACCCUCAAACGAUCAACUCGAAGGAGAUCGAGAAAUCGUUCAUGGCGCUCUCCAAGGCCGAUUACGCUGCCCGCGUGUCACUCUCCAUGCGGUGCGCUUCGCGAUGCGGAAACAUGUACACCGCUUCGCUGUACGGCGGGCUUGCUAGCCUUUUGAGCACAGUGGACGCGGCGACGCUGAAGGGGAAGAGGAUUAGUAUGUAUGCGUUUGGGGGUGGGUGCGCGAGCACGUUUUGGACGAUGAGGGUGAAGGGGGAUGUGAGUGAGAUCGCGAAGAAGAUGGAUCUGUUGAAGAGGUUGGAGAGUAUGGAUGUUGUUAGCUGUGAGGAGUACACCGAGGGUCUUCAGCUCCGGGAGGAUAACCAUAAUCUAGCGCCGUACCAGCCCCAGGGAGACAUCAAGAAUAUCUGGCCGAGGGCAUUUUACCUCGACGGCAUCGGCAGCAUGUUCAGGAGGAAAUACGUCCAGGCUUGAGCGCUAUUUUUCAUUCUUCUCGUUCUUCCUUUUCUUACAAUACCUGCCAUGAGUCCGCCGGUUAGCGACGGGCGAUGGCAUGUAGUCAGACCACCGAACGUGAAUAGUGAUGAAC